AGAGAAAAAGUCUCCAAAGGGUUUCUUCUACACCCAUCACAUUAUCCUAUUUCUUCAAACUCUCAGAAGCUGUAACAACAGUGCUGUGUUUGAGUGGGGGCAGGUAGUGUGUUGUUCAUCCAAAAAGAAAAAAUCUUGUAUUGAUUAAAAGGGAAGAACUUCAAAUCCAAGCCAGAGUCACCUGAAUGAAACCACUGUCUCCUUCACUUCAAAUCCAUUCCAGCACACAGUCACUCUUGUACAAUCCAAAAGUUUCAAUCUUUCCCUUUGAUUCCGAUACCCUUUUGCUUUCUUUCUUCUUCUUCUUCUUCUCUCUCUUUGACCUAUGGCUUCUGCUCCUCCCACACCACCACCACACUGUUCCUCUGUCCCUUCUAGGCCUAAUGUUACCAGCAACAGGAGCACCCAUAACCAUAGGCAUAGCAGCCACCACAACAACCACAACCGUCAUAACCACCAAAAUAGCCGACUGAGGAGGCAAGAACAGUCAAGGUGGAACCAUAAUGGUUAUGGUUCUUUUGCAAAUAACUCACCUUUGCCUUAUGCUAAUGCCACAGGUUCAGGUUCUGGUGCUGGUGUUGCUUCAGCUUCUGCCGUUGCUGCAGCUGUAGCUGCUGCUGCUGCUGGUGACAAUGCACCUGCUGCAUUUUCAUCAGCAUUGGGGAUGCUCGGUGGCCGGAGGUCCACUCUCGGCCUGGAGUUUUCGGGCCGGAGGACCACACGGUUCGCGGCAAGGAUGCGCUCAGGGAGGCUGAGGUACAACAAUAACAAGACAAAGCAUUCUCUUAUUGCUGAAGAGGUGCAGCAGUGCCUUGAAAAGUCUGGUAAUGAUGUUGCAUCUGUUGACAAUGUUUUGCUUAGCUAUGAGAGUAAGAUGUAUGAUCCUGAGGAUUAUAUUUACCUUAUUAGGGAAUGUGGCAAUAAGGACCUGUACUUGCAGGUAUCUAAGACCUAUGAUUUUGCUAUGGGGAGGAAGCAUUAUAACUGGUUUUACAAGGGGAAGUUGACUAGUACUGUGAUUAGUCAACUUGGUAAAAUGAAGAAAAUUGAGCAUGCUUGUAGGGUGUUUGAUGUGGCCAGGAGCCAAGGGUUCGGUAACACUGUUUAUUCCUAUUCCUCUAUGAUCAAUGCUUACGGGCAUAAUGGGCGUUUUAACGAUGCCGUGCGCUUGUAUAGGUCGAUGAGGCCAUUGGGAAUGGAACCAAAUUUGAUUACCUAUAAUGCCCUGAUUGAUGCAGGAGCUAAGGGGCAUGUAGACUUUAGUAUAGUUGCGAAGUUUGUUGAUGAGAUGGUGGCGAAUGGGAUCAUGCCUGAUCGGAUUACCUAUAAUUCGCUUCUUAGUGUUUGUGUCCCAGGGGGUGCUUGGGAGAUCGCCAGGGAUUUGUUUGCUGAGAUGAGGAAUAAAGGGCAUGAGCAGGAUGUGUAUACUUAUAAUACGUAUUUGGAUGUCUUAUGUAAGGGUGGUCAGCUGGAUUUUGCCAGAAGCAUUUUCGCAGAUAUGUCUGCCAAUAAUGUUUUUCCAAAUGCAGUAACAUCUUAUAAUACACUGAUUGCAGUCUAUGGAAGGCUUGGUUUGUUUGAGGACGCACUAUUCGCCAGCGAAGAGAUGGAGAUCUGUGGUUACAAAAAGGAUAUUGUAACUUACAAUGCUCUCUUGGGUGGAUAUGGGAAGCAUGGAAUGUAUGAUGAAGUUAAGAGAAUAUUUACUGAGAUGAAAAGAAAGCACAUUUAUCCAAACACAUUAACUUACUCUACGUUGAUUAAUGUCUAUACUAAAGGAGGAAUGUACAUGGAAGCAAUGGAAGUUUACAGAGAGUUCAAGGAGAAUGACCUGGAGGUUGAUGUUGUCUUUUAUAGUCAACUUAUUGAUACUCUCUGUAAAAAUGGGCUAGUGGAAUCUGCUAUGGUGUUGCUUGAUGUGAUGACCAGGAAUGGAAUCACUCCUAAUGUGGUCACCUAUAACUCCAUGAUUGAUGCCUUUGGUGACGUUUCAGCUCUCGGGUUUAAAACUUCUUUUCGGGCCAAUGACGAUCAGACUGAAUCUUCAGCUUCUAUGCUUAUUGCGGCGUCAUCCCAGAAUCAGACGGGAUCUGACAAAGAAGACCGAAUCUCAAAGAUGUUCAAGCAGCUUGCUGUGGAGAAAGCAGGACAUGGGAAGAAGGAUUUGAGGACCAACCAAGAUUUCAGCAUAUUGUGGCUCUUAAGAAAAAUGCAUGAGCUGGAAAUUAAACCAAAUGUUGUCACAUUUUCAGCGAUUCUGAAUGCCUGCAGCCGUUGCAAUUCGUUUGAAGAUGCUUCAAGGCUGUUGGAUGAGCUCCGCCUGUUCAAUGACCAGGUGUAUGGUGUAGCCCAUGGACUGCUCAUGGGUUCAAGGGAAAACAUAUGGAUCCAUGCUCAAGCUGUCUUUGAUGACAUGAAGCGCAUGGAUAAUUUGACAGCAUCUGCCUUUUAUAAUGCUCUAACUGACAUGCUGUGGAACUUUGGUCAGAAACGCGGAGCGCAGCUGGUUGUGCUUGAAGGUCGAAACCGAAAUGUGUGGACUGGCGACUGGUCCAUUGAGUGCUUGGAUCUACACCUGAUGUCUUGUGGAGCUGCAUGCGCGAUGGUUCACGAUUGGUUGCUAAACAUUCGAUCAAUUGUUUUUGAAGGAUCUGAACUGCCAAAGCUGUUAAGUAUUUUAACUGGUUGGGGAAAGCAUAGCAAAGUGCUAGGCGAUGGAGCUUUGAAGAGAAAAAUCGAAGCUCUUCUGAAUGGGAUCGGAGCACCUUUCAAGAUUGCUGAGUCUAACAUUGGAAGGUUCACAUCCCCUGGAUAUCUGGUUGCUGCAUGGCUCAAGAAAUCAAGCACACUGAAUGUGCUUGUUCUGCAUGAUCGCAUUACUGCUUCUGAACCUACUGCUUCUGGUCAAUUAUAUAGCUUGCAGGCCCCUUGAAAAGAAAAGGGUUGUAGAACACAACACUUGAUUCUGUCAAUUGAAUUCUGCAAUUGAGAGAAUCAAUUCCCCUUGUAAGCAUAAAGUAGCACUCUUUUGUAAUAUAUAUAUAUUAGGCCUACCUACAGGUUAAAUGUCUCUGACCUUCCCCUAUUUUGUUUAUUGUGGGGAAGGUUCUUGUGAAAAUAUUUGUUAGAGACAGUUUAAAACAACGAAUGAUCAUUCUAUACUCUAUCCUUCAUUUUAGUCCAAUGGAUCCAUAAGUCUAUUAGCAAGUGAUUUACAUAAGGAAAGUUUGGCACCAAAUGGUUUGGCCCUUAAUUUUAUUCCAAA